ACUUUCUUUAUUAUUGAAGCAAGCUGAAGAGCAGCAACUUCUAAAGGGUGUUAGUGUGUGUCUUAAUGCUCCUCGGGUCAGUCACUUGUUUUUUGCGGACGAUAGUAUCAUUUUCUGUCAAGCAUCUAUUUCAGAAAAUCAGCAUCUUAAAAAUUUGAUAUGUUGUUAUGGUGUGGCAUCGGGUCAGCAGUUAAAUAUGGGCAAAACUGAAUUGCUUUUCAGUCGCAAUACAGAUCCAAGUGUGAUAAGUGCUAUUAAAGAUGUGUGGGGGGUUCAAGAUAUUCAGCACCAUGCUAAAUAUCUUGGGCUUCCUUCUUUUGUGGGAAGAUCGCGUUAUCAGACUUUCAAAGGUAUUAAGGAUAGAGUUUGGGCAAAGUUACAAGGUUGGAAAGAAAAAUUAUUAUCACAAGCUGGCCGUGAGGUGUUGAUCAAAGCGGUAGUUCAAGCAAUUCCGACUUAUGUUAUGAGUUGUUUCAAGAUUCCUAGGGGUUUUUGUAAAGAGCUUGAGGGGAUGAUUGCAAGGUUUUGGUGGGGUCAAAGAGGUCAAGAAAAAAGGAUACAUUGGCUGAAUUGGAGAAAAAUGUGUCAGUCUAAAUUUAUGGGUGGUUUGGGUUUUCGGGAUUUGGAGGUUUUUAAUAUAUCUUUAUUGGCAAGGCAAGGUUGGCGCUUACUUCACUCACAAGGGUCUCUUUUCACUUCAGUUUUUAAAGCAAAAUAUUUUCCUAAUACUGAUUUUCUAUCUUCGAUGCUUGGCUCUAAGCCGUCAUAUGUAUGGCGUAGCAUUUUUGAAGCAAAACCUGUUAUCAAAGCGGGGAGUUUAUGGCGUAUUGGCAAGGGUGAUAACAUCAAGAUUUGGGGAGAUAAUUGGCUUGCUGACUUGAAUUCAAAACAGGUUGUUACUAGAUGUAAUACCCUUGCUGAGGAUGCUGUUGUGGCUGAUUUAAUGGAUCCUUCUACGCCUAGUGGGUGGAAUUUGGAUUUGGUAAACCAGAAGGGGAUUCUUUUGCUGUGAUGGAAGCUAUAUGCUCUAGGGGGGAGAUUUUGGAUAGGUGCAGUAUUUUAAUUCAUGAGGUGAAGAAGAUUCUGUCCACUUUUGAAUAUUUUGAAGUUCUGCAUGUGGGAAGACAUGGUAAUGAGGCUGCACAUAUUCUGGCUCGUCAAGCAAAGUUUGUGGAUGAUACACUGCAAUGGUGGAAUGAUCCUCCAGAUUUUCUUCGUAGCAGACUUGAAGUGGAUGCUGGGCGUGUCCUUCCUUAAUUGUUGUUUCUUUUGUUUGUCUUAAGCACCUUGUUGGGUUUAUGAUGUAUUUGAAUAUUUUAUCUA